AUGGUCUUGUCAAACGUCCUCUCCCUCUGCCUUCGCAUUGGCGAGCUGGCAUUCUCAGCCGUCGUCGCCGGCCUCAACGGUGAAUACCUCCACAACACCCGCCACUCCUCCGCCGGAUCCCGCAAGCGCUUCAUCUACGUGGAAGUCAUCGCAGCCCUCGGCAUUCUCUUCAGCCUACUCUUCCUCCUCCCCUUCGCCACAUCCUUCCUUCACUGGCCAGUCGAUCUUCUCCUGUUCAUCGGCUUUAUGGUUGCGUUUGGCUUGCUGGCCCACUAUGAUAAACAGUGCGGUAGCGUGUGGAAUUGGCGUGGGAUCACAAAUGGAGGCGCUUGUGAUAAGUUUAAGGCUACCAUUGCUUUCUUGUUCUUGGCAUCUAUCUUCUUCUUGGCCAGUGCGAUUCUGGGAUGGUGGGUUAGCCGGAAACGGACGAAGACGGCGCAUGUGGAUGCUGCCCACCACGGGAGACGCAAGUGGUAUCGUCGCUAUUAG